GCCGCGCCAUGGGCUGCCGCUGCCCCCGGCUCCUUGCCGGGCCCCUCGUCCUCCUCCUAGCCUGGCUCCUGGAGCUCGGGGCGGUCUCUGCCUUCUCCGAAGCCGCGAUGAGCACCGCCAGCGCCGAGCCCGGCAGCUCAGGGACUCUGCAGCCGCCGAGCGGGACCCCCUUAGAGGAGACCCGGCUCCAUGUCUUCACCCUGGACUAUCCGCACGUGCAGAUCCCCUUCGAGAUCACGCUCUGGAUCCUGCUGGCUUCCCUGGCCAAGAUCGGCUUUCAUCUCUAUUACAAGUUGCCUUCCAUCGUGCCUGAGAGCUGCCUCCUUAUUCUGGUUGGAUUACUACUGGGUGGAAUUAUUUUUGGAGCCGAGGAAAAGUCCCCACCUGUAAUGAAGAGCGAUGUUUUUUUCUUGUAUCUCCUUCCACCGAUUGUACUCGAUGCGGGGUAUUUCAUGCCAACUCGUCUGUUCUUUGAGAACUUUGGUACUAUAUUCUGGUAUGCGGUAGUGGGCACGCUCUGGAAUUCUAUUGGCAUUGGGCUUUCCCUCUUUGGAAUUUGCCAGAUAGAAAUAUUUGGCUUGACCGAUAUCACUUUGCUGCAGAGCCUGCUCUUUGGCAGCUUAAUUUCAGCUGUGGAUCCUGUGGCAGUGCUGGCUGUUUUUGAAAAUAUUCAUGUCAAUGAACAGCUUUACAUCCUAGUGUUUGGAGAGUCUCUGUUGAAUGAUGCCAUAACAGUGGUUCUGUACAAUUUGUUCAAGACUUUCUGCCAGAUGCGCACAAUUGAGACCAUUGAUGUAUUUGCUGGAAUUGCUAAAUUCAUUGUGGUGGGGAUCGGUGGAGUGUUGAUUGGAAUCUUUUUGGGAUUUGUGGCAGCAUUUACAACCCGUUUCACCCAUAAAAUCCGAGUGAUUGAGCCACUUUUUGUCUUCCUCUACAGUUACUUGUCAUACAUAACAGCUGAAAUGUUUCACCUCUCAGGCAUUAUGGCGAUAACAGCUUGUGCCAUGACCAUGAAUAAGUAUGUGGAGGAGAAUGUUUCCCAGAAGUCCUACACAACCAUAAAGUAUUUCAUGAAGAUGCUGAGCAGUGUCAGUGAGACUCUGAUCUUUAUUUUCAUGGGAGUGUCCACGGUUGGAAAAAACCAUGAAUGGAAUUGGGCCUUUGUUAGCUUCACCCUCCUCUUCUGUUUGAUCUGGCGUGCACUGGGUGUUUUUGUUUUGACUCAGAUCAUUAACAUGUUCCGGACAAUUCCUCUAACUUUUAAGGACCAGUUCAUUAUUGCCUAUGGAGGUCUCCGAGGAGCCAUCUGUUUUUCUCUUGUAUUUCUGCUUCCUGUUGCUGUGAUCCCCAGAAAGAAAUUGUUCAUUACUGCUACUAUUGUGGUGAUAUUCUUUACCGUUUUCAUUCAGGGAAUAACAAUUCGCCCACUGGUGGAGUUUCUUGAUGUUAAAAGAUCGAAUAAAAAGCAGCCAGUAGUCAGUGAAGAAAUUUACAAUCGGUUCUUUGAUCAUGUGAAGACUGGAAUUGAAGAUGUUUGUGGACACUGGGGUCACAACUUUUGGAAAGAUAAGUUUAAAAAAUUUGACAAUAAAUUCCUGCGGAGACUUCUAAUCCGGGAGAACCAGCCCAAAUCCAGCAUUGUUUCCCUGUACAAGAAGCUGGAAAUCAAACACGCCAUUGAGAUGGCAGAAAGUGGGAUGAUAAGUACAGUCCCGUCCUCAGCUUCUCUCAAUGACUAUCUGGAAGAUAAAGUAAGGCCAAUUUCCCCUGCUGAAAUGGAUAAUAUGCGAGAAAUAUUAACAAAGAAUCUCUAUCAAAUACGACAUCGAACGAUGUCAUAUAACAGACACAGCCUGGCUGCAGAUGCAAAUGAAAAACAGGCCAAAGAAAUUCUUAUCCGUCGCCGGCACAGCCUGCGGGAGAGUAUAAAGAAAACUCGCAGCCUGUCUAGGGACAGACCGGCUAUCACCAAAGCAACACGGUUUCUGUCCCUGCCUAAAGACGCUAGACUGCCAGAGAAAUUACGAAUAAGGAAUAAAACAUCUUUUAGAGUAGGAGGUGCUGACAGCAGUGACUCUGAACUGGAGCUUCCUACCACAGUGCUCAAUUUAAAACCUAGAGCACGAAAAAUUUUGCAAGACCAGAGCCAGCAGCAGCCACUGCAGCAAUUUAGAAUGGAGUGGAGGAAUGAAGUUAAUGGAGACCAUGCUGGAAGGGUAGAUAGCAGAGAAAUGGACAAUGAAGCUCAAGCAUCCAGAGGGUUCAGGCAACCACUGCUAUCGAGACCAAGAUUUGGAACAGUGAGUGAAGAAAAUUUGACUGAAGAUGUUAGAUCAACAAGACCAAAGCCACCACCACGAAUAGUCAGGUGGGCAUCAGAAGCUGAAAGGCAUAAAAAUAAAUCUCAGAAUCAGCCAUACUGAAAACAGCUGAAGUAGAACUAUCAAUAAUAAACUACAGAUUUAAAUUAGCAUUCUAAACCAUCUGACUGGACAAUGGGAUCCAGUUUAAAACCUUGGUCUGGAUCCUUUGGGUUGCAUGCCCGUAUCAUUAAUUAACUGGAUGAAAUACUACAGCAAAUACUAAACCCAAGACACAAAAGAAAACAUCGUUUAUGAAUAACUUUUAGCAAUGCUGUGACAAUUAUGUUCUUUUAACCACUAAGGGGAAAAUGUGCCUUUUAUCACACUAUUAGCUCUGGAACCAAAUAACCCAAGUUUGAUAUUUAUUUAUCCAACUAAAGUUUUAAAAAUUCUUACAAUGAAGAGAACCUUUAAAAAUAUUGUAGUACAUAUAAGAUUUUAUUUAUGAUUGAAUUUUGCUUGUCUAGAUCAGAUUUUUAAUGUGAAUAGCACUUGAAAUUGCACUAUGCCCCUGUCCCAUAGACCUUGCAAGACAAAUACAUUUAUCACUGCAGAUUAUUGUUAGCAUGCCCAGUAUAGUAGGAUGUUGUUAGGGGUUGGGAAGGCUGGAACAGGGUCAGAAAAGGGACCUAGCUGCAGAAGCAGACUCUGAAACACAUUCAGUUAAUGGAAAAUGGGCUGUAAAAUCAGGUGAAGGACACUAACUCCUGAGUUAUCCUGAUUCAUACUAUCUGCAUUUUUUCCCCAGCAUAUAACCAGUGAAAGGUGCUGAGCAUCUUCAGUGCUAGGAUGAAUGCUCUCAACUUUCAUUCGUGUCAAUGUGAGUAGAUAGCACUCAGCACCUAUCAGGAUUGGGCUCUCAGAGGAGGAGUUGCAGGCACAUCAAAAGGGUCUGUUUGAAGAACUGGCUCCUGUGUCUGUUUGUGGCUGCUGUGGAAAUGCAGCAGAAUUGUUAUAACACUAGUCACAGGCUGAGGGUGGAUGGUGUCACGGUGAGACAUGGAGUCAGAUUCAGGAAAUGUGGGUCCAGUUCUGAGUUUUGCUUGUGAAUUUGGGUGGCUCAUUUGGUCUCUGUAUCCCCUCAGAUAUUAAUCCUUCAUCUGCUUUGUCUUUAUCUAAAUUGUAAGCUCGGUGGGACAGGGACAAUCUCCUAUUUUUGUUUGUACUGCAUGUUGCACAAUGGGGCCUCAAUCUCAUUUAGAGCCACUAGACACUACAAUAAAUAAAUCCUGCUAUUACUGCUACUAAGACACUCAUGUCUUUCUCAUCUCAGGUUAGAGCCAUUUUAGUUUUAUUUAUGUUUGAGGGUUGGUAGGUUUUUUUGUUGUUGUUGCAGUUACUGUAAUACUGUUCAGGUUAUGUGGAAUUCUUGUAUCUGCCAAAUGCAAAUUCUAAAUCGUGUGCAGAUGGAAACAUGAUCUUUUUAAAGGCUCACUCAAAGGCCCAUGUCAAGAUACUUUCUCUGCUGUGAGAUGUUGAUUUUUGCAAAAAUACAUGGCCAUUUAGUUACUGUGGGAAUCAGUCACCAGUGCAUGACCAUCUUCUUCUCUUUCG